AUGGAAAAACAGAAGAGUUUUGGUGGAUUUAUGGAAAAACAGAAAAGUUUUCGCGUGGUGAUGGAGAGGCAGCUGAGCUUCAUGGGAAGUGAUAGGAAGAAGAGCAAGGAAUCACCUGGGAAACGCGGUGACUUACCCAUUCAUUUAGCUGCUCGCUCAGGGAACUUGGCUAAAGUCAGAGAGAUACUUCAAAACUGCGAUGAAACUAAUCAUUUGUUGGCAAAGCAGAACCUCGAGGGGGAGACCCCUCUUUACUUGGCUUCAGAGAACGGACAUCAUAUGGUCGUUGCCGAGAUACUUAAAUACUCCAACUUGCAUACUGCUUCUAUUGUCGCCAGAAAUGGCUACGAUCCCUUCCAUGUUGCUGCAAAACAGGGUCAUCUUGAGGUGCUGAGGGAGCUUCUGCACUCUUUUCCCAACUUGGCCAUGACUACCGAUUUGGCCAAUUCAACUGCUUUGCACACAGCUGCUACUCAAGGUCAUAUUGAUGUGGUAAAUCUCCUUUUGGAAUCAGAUUCAAAUCUAGCAAAAAUAGCCAGGAACAAUGGUAAGACUGUCCUUCACUCUGCUGCUAGAAUGGGCCAUUUACAAGUUGUCAAAGCCUUGCUCACCAAGGAUCCAACCACUGGCUUUAGGACUGAUAAGAAAGGUCAAACUGCACUACACAUGGCUGUCAAAGGCCAAAAUCAAGACAUUUUGCUCGAAUUGGUCAAACCUGACCCCGCAGUUUUAAAUCUAGAGGAUAAUAAAGGAAAUACAGCAUUGCAUAUUGCCGCAAACAAGGGCCGUACUCAGAAUGUCCGCUGCUUGUUAUCAACGGAGGGUAUUAACAUCAAUGCUAUGAACAAGGCGGGAGAGACUCCUCUUGACAUUGCAGAAAAAUUUGGAAGUCCAGAUCUUGUCUCCAUAAUGAGGGAUGCUGGGGCUGUUAAUUCCACUGACCAAGGGAAGCCUCCAAAUGCAGCAAAACACCUUAAGCAGACUGUGAGCGAUAUAAAGCAUGAUGUGCAAUCCCAGCUCCAACAGACACGCCAGACGGGCAUGAGGGUCCAGAAAAUUGCAAAGAAGCUGAAAAAACUACACAUAAGUGGCCUGAACAAUGCGAUAAACUCUGCUACCAUUGUUGCCGUUCUCAUUGCUACAGUUGCUUUUGCAGCCAUAUUCACUGUCCCAGGUCAAUAUGUGGAAGAGAAAGUGCAUGGGUUGUCACUUGGACAAGCGAAUAUAGCAAAGAGUCCAGCUUUCUUGAUAUUUUUUGUGUUUGAUAGCCUGGCAUUAUUCAUCUCUUUGGCUGUAGUGGUGGUUCAAACUUCAGUUGUUGUGAUUGAGCAAAAGGCAAAGAAGCAGCUUGUUUUUGUGAUUAACAAGCUCAUGUGGCUGGCUUGCCUUUUCAUUUCCAUAGCAUUCAUUUCUCUCACUUACGUGGUAGUGGGAUCACACUCAAGAUGGCUUGCUAUAUAUGCUACAGUGAUUGGAAGCUUCAUAAUGCUCUCUACAAUUGGUUCCAUGUGCUACUGUGUCAUUCUGCAUAGGAUAGACGAGACAAAAUUGAGGGCCGAGAGCCGGUCUUUCUCCAUGUCGCAUGCAUCAGACCAGGAGAUUUUAAACAGUGAAUACAAGAGGAUGUACGCACUUUAG